CACCAACGAACCUUCUUUUUUUUGGAAUACUUCAAACCCCCAUCUGGAAAUUACUUCCCCCCUGAUUCUAAUUUAUAACUUUCAGUGAAAUUGUAUACUGAUUAUCAGUAUUCUUAUAACCAAAAUGGAGGCUGACAGGUUAAAUUCACCACAAACUUCGGCUGUUUCGUUUGAAGUUUUCGGCUAUCAGCUGCAGUUUUCUCAGGAUCCGAAUUCUAAGCAUUUAGGGACAACUGUUUGGGAUGCUUCUAUGGUAUUGGUCAAGUAUCUGGAGAGAAAUUGCAGGAAGGGAAGGUUUUGUCCUUCUAAACUAAAAGGCAAACGUGUUAUUGAACUCGGGGCAGGUUGUGGGGUUGCAGGUUUUGGCAUGGCAAUGCUUGGAUGUGAUGUUGUUUCAACUGACCAAGUUGAGGUUCUUCCACUUUUAGGGCGAAAUGUUGAGCGCAAUUUUUCUAGAAUCAUGCAGAUGAAUCCUGAUGCAGAUUCUAUUGGAUCCAUUACUGCUGCAGAGCUCAGCUGGGGUAACAACGACCAUAUAAGGGAACUUGAUCCACCUUUUGACUACAUUAUUGGCACUGAUGUUGUCUAUGCCGAGCAUCUCCUGGAACCACUACUGCAAACAAUGCUUGCGUUGUCGGGACCUAAAACCACAAUUGUGAUUGGUCAUGAAAUUCGUUCAACAAAUGUUCAUGAACAAAUGAUACAGUUAUGGAAGAAGCACUUUGAAGUGAAAAUGGUGCCCAAAUCAAAGAUGGACAUCAAGUACAAACAUCCAAGUAUACAACUUUACAUCAUGACCUUAAAGAGUCCAGAAGGGAACAUAAAUCUAGAUCCCCUCAUCGAAAUUGGCGCAGCUGAAAAAACCGAAGAUGAUACCGAUAGCAAAAUCGAAUAUGAAGUUGAUAAUACAUUACCAACAGAACCCAAAGAUCUCAGUGAUUGGGAGGCACGAAGAUAUGGGUCCAUGGCUGCCCGGCUUCUUCAUGACAUCAAGAUAACUUGAUUCCUGCAGCUUGAAACAUGGUUUGUGAACGAAUUCGACAAAAUGUAUUACUUCUUGUUUACUCUAAUCAUAAGAUAAUGGGAUUUAUUCUAUUGAGGAAA